GAUUGGAUCCAGAUCCCUUCAUCUACAAUUCUUGCAUAAACAAAACCAUGGGGUUUCCCCCUCAACAAUCCCCAUAAAACACAUCUUAUUCUCUUCUUCUUCUUCUCUUCUAUCUUACACCACCAGCAAUGCCUGCAACUUUAUCAUCAAACCCUAAUAUAUUCAUUAUCCUCAUCACCAUCUUCUUCUUCAUAAACCCUUGUCACUCCAUUGACUCACAAGGUCAAGCUCUAUUACAAUGGAAAACCACCCUAAACACCUCCACAAAUGCAUUACAAUCAUGGAACCCAUCAGACCCAACCCCAUGCAACUGGGUUGGAAUCCAAUGCAAUUCCAAUUCAAAAGUUGUUAGUAUUAUUCUAAAGUUUGUUGAUAUACAAGGCUCAUUACCUUCAAAUCUACACUCUCUCAACUCCUUGAGUGUUUUAACAAUCUCGUCGACAAAUCUCUCCGGACAAAUCCCGAAGGAGUUCGGAGAGUAUCGCGAGCUUACGGUGAUCGACGUUUCUGACAACUCGAUCACCGGAGAGAUUCCGCCAGAGAUUUGUCAGCUGGCAAAUCUCGAGACGUUCGUGGUUAACACGAACUAUCUCCAAGGCGGAAUCCCGGAUAGUAUAGGGAAUCUUUCCAAUCUUAGAAACUUGUUGUUGUUUGAUAAUCAGUUGAGUGGUGAGAUUCCAAAAAGUAUUGGAAACUUGAAAAAUCUUCAAGUGUUUAGAGCUGGCGGGAACAAGAAUUUAAAAGGAAAAUUACCAGAUGAAAUUGGGAAUUGCAGUAAUCUAAUAAUGUUAGGCCUGGCAGAAACCAGCAUUUCCGGCGCAAUUCCGACAAAAAUCGGGAACCUAAAAAAGGUCCAGACAAUAGCGCUAUACACAUCGAUACUGUCUGGACCGGUUCCCGAGGAAAUCGGGAACUGUACGGAGUUAAGGAAUCUUUACCUGUACCAAAACUCGAUUUCCGGGUCAAUCCCGAGGUCCAUCGGAGAGCUUCGAAAGCUCGAAAACUUGUUGUUAUGGCAGAACAAUUUAGUCGGGACGAUACCCGUCGAGCUCGGGUGGUUACCCGAGCUUAUGACGAUAGAUUUAUCCGAAAAUUCGUUAACCGGAAACAUUCCGGCGAGUUUCGGAGCUCUUUCGAAGCUUCAAGAGCUUCAGUUAUCGGUUAACAAAUUGUCCGGUGAGAUUCCGAUCACUAUAACAAACUGUGUUUCAUUGACUCAUUUAGAAGUUGAUAACAAUCAACUCACCGGAGAAAUUCCGGCAACCAUCGGAAAACUACAGAGUAUGACUCUGUUUUUCGCCUGGCAGAAUAAUAUUUCCGGCUACAUUCCGGCGAGUUUAUCUGAGUGUGAGAAUCUUCAAGCUUUGGAUCUUUCGUUUAAUAAUUUGAUCGGAACAAUUCCGACACAAAUACUUUCACUCAAAAAUCUUACGAAAUUACUGUUGAUUUCGAAUGAUUUGACCGGUUUUAUCCCGCCGGAGAUCGGAAACUGUACGAAUUUGUAUCGGUUUCGGGUCAACGGUAACAGAAUUUCCGGUACUGUUCCAUCAGAAAUUGGGUAUUUGAAGAAUUUGAAUUUUGUUGAUAUGAGUAACAAUAAACUGGUGGGAAUGAUCCCGAAUUCCAUAUCCGGGUGUGUGAAUCUUGAGUUUCUUGAUCUGCAUUCCAAUGGUUUGAAUGGUGUGGUUCCGGAUUCGCUUCCUCGGAGGUUACAGUUUCUUGACUUGUCGGAUAAUCGGCUUUCGGGUUUCUUGAGUUCGGGUAUUGGGUUGUUAACCGAGUUAACGAAGUUGAAUUUGGGGAAGAAUCGGAUUUCGGGGGGGAUACCGUCGGAGAUUGGUGAUUGUAGGAGGCUGCAGUUGUUGGAUCUCGGAGAUAAUGGGUUCUCCGGUGAGAUACCGAAGCGGUUGGGGCAAAUGCCGUCGCUUGAGAUCGCGUUAAACCUUAGUUGUAACGGGUUCACCGGAGAAAUCCCGCAGGAGUUUAUCGGGUUGAGCAAGUUAGCGAGUCUCGAUUUGUCUAGGAAUAAGUUUACCGGCGAGUUAAAUGUACUUUCGGGGCUUCAAAACCUUGUUUCGCUUAACGUGUCGUAUAACGAGUUCACCGGAGAGGUACCGAACACUCCGUUUUUUCGAAGCCUCCCGAGUUCGAAUCUAGCUGGAAACCGAGCUCUUUACAUUUCGGGUUCGGUUGUUACUCCGGCUGAUAAAAUGAGUUCCACGGGUCGUGCCAGGUCAUCAGCCAAAGUGGCGAUGUCGAUCCUAGUCAGCAUUAGCGUGGUACUCGUCCUACUUGGCAUUUACACGUUGGUCCGAAUGCGAAUAGCGAAAAAGGAAAUGUUAAACGAAAAAUGGGAGAUUACAUUUUAUCAAAAGAUGGAAGUUUAUGUUGACGAAAUCGUUCACGGGUUAACUUCCGCGAACGUGAUCGGUACCGGAAGCUCGGGGGUCGUGUAUAGAGUAACGACUUCGAGUGGGGAAACUUUGGCGGUUAAGAAGAUGUGGUCACCAGACGAAUCUGGCCCGUUUAGGUCUGAAAUCGAGACGCUGGGUUCGAUCAGACACAAGAACAUUGUUCGGUUGUUAGGGUGGGGUUCGAACCCGACGGUUAAACUUUUGUUUUAUGAUUAUUAUCCUAACGGAAGUUUGAGUUCGUUACUCCAUGAUUCGGGGAAAUGCGGAGUCGAAUGGGAGACUAGGUACGAGGUUGUACUAGGCGUGGCUCACGCGCUUGCGUAUCUACACCACGAUUGUGUGCCUCCGAUUUUACAUGGGGACGUGAAAGCGAUGAAUGUGUUGUUGGGCCCAAACCUACAACCUUUUCUUGGUGAUUUCGGGCUCGCUAGACUCGUUACCAAAGAACAAAACGGCGUGUUGUCGCAAAGCCAGAGACCGCAGUUAGCCGGUUCUUAUGGAUAUAUGGCACCCGAACAUGGCUCGUUACAACGUAUUAGCGAAAAGAGUGAUGUGUAUAGUUUUGGUGUGGUGCUAUUGGAAGUACUCACUGGAAGACAUCCACUAGAUCCAACUUUGCCAGGUGGUGCACACUUGGUUCAAUGGGUUCAGGACCACUUGCAAGCUAAGAAGGACCCAAUUGACAUUCUUGAUCCCAAGCUUAGAGGAAGAGCCGACCCGCAAAUGCACGAAAUGCUUCAAACACUAGCCGUUUCGUUUCUUUGUGUAAGCCAACGGCCCAAUGACCGUCCGAUCAUGAACGACGUGGUGGCAAUGCUCGAGGAGAUCCACCAUGAGGAUUCUACAAAUUCAGACACCGGUUUAAAAGGGAAAUUAUCGGUCAAUCCCCCGUCCCCGACUCCCACUAGAAAAAUGGUUUUACAAGGCUCUUCAAAUUGCUCAUAUGCUUUCUCAGAUGAAUCUGUCAAGUGAAGAAUUUUUUUAAAUUUCUAUGUUAAUUGAGUAAAAAAAUAUCCAACUUUAGUCCAACUUUUGUUUCGAAUAACCAACAUAAUUCACGCCAAAAAAAAAAAAAAAAAAAAAAAAAAACGAUAUAUCACUCGUGACAACUAUGUUUUACUCGUUACCAGGCCAGAUUUCCUUAAAUCGGAUUCAUAAUUGUCAAAUUACCUUAAAUCAAAUCUUUUGAAGCUUAACAUUGGUUAACUUCAAACAAAAAUUGGACAAAAGUUGGUUACUUUUUUAUGCAACUAGCCAUUUGUAUUAUGUUAUUAUUAUUAUUUUUUUUUUUUUGUAACAAGAUAAUGUAGUGUAAUGUAGUAGUGUUGUACUAAAUUUAGAAAAAUAUAUGUACAAAUUAUAUUACUAGUUAAUGAGGUUGUAAAGUAGGA